AUGAGCAUCCUCUACAAGAAGGCUCUGGUCCCCAUGGUCUCCAGGGCAAUGGCCGCUUCUACCCUCACGCGUUCAUCCGUUGCUUUGAUGCGCCCCUCGAUGGCCGUCGGCAUGGUCCGCGCCUUCCACCGCCAACACGAGGAUCAGUCCACCAUCCUCCCCAGCAACAUCGAUACCCACAAGCCCCAGUUCAAGGAAAAUGCCGCCAGGAUGCAAGCCCUUGUUGACGACAUGAACGCCAAGGUUGCCGAGAUCAAGCUUGGUGGUGGAAAGGUCGCUAGAGACAGACAUCUUUCGCGCAAGAAGUUGUUGCCCAGAGAUCGGUAUGUUGUCGUACUCCAUGUCACGGAUGUUGACCGCUUGCUGGACAAUGGGUCUCCUUUCCUCGAGAUUGGUCAGUUUGCUGGACAUGAGCUUUACGAGGACAAGGUCCCUGCAGGAGGAGUCAUUGCCGGUAUUGGUCGCGUUAACGGCGUCGAGUGCAUGAUCGUCGCCAACGACCCCACCGUCAAGGGAGGCACCUACUACCCCAUCACUGUCAAGAAGCAUUUGCGUGCUCAGGAGAUCGCCAGGGAGAACCACCUGCCCUGUAUCUACUUGGUCGAGUCUGGUGGAGCCAAUUUGCCCCGCCAGUUGGAAGUCUUCCCCGACAAGGAGCAUUUCGGACGCAUCUUCUACAACCAGGCCAACAUGUCUGCUAUGGGUAUCCCCCAGGUUGCUGUUGUCUUGGGAUCCUGCACAGCCGGUGGUGCCUAUGUCCCUGCCAUGGCUGACGAGAGUAUCAUUGUCCAGAAGCAGGGAACCAUCUUCUUGGCCGGUCCCCCUCUGGUCAAGGCUGCCACUGGAGAGAUUGUCUCUGCUGAGGAUUUGGGAGGCGCUGAUAUGCACUGCAAGGUCUCUGGAGUCACCGAUCACUUGGCCGUUGAUGAUGAACACGCCUUGGUCCUUGCCCGCCGUGUUAUCGGCAACCUCAACUACCAGAAGAGGCCCCAGUUGUUGAUGAAGAAGGUGGAGGAGCCUUUGUACCCUGCCUCGGAGUUGGGAGGUAUUGUCGGCGAUAACCUCAAGAAGGCGUUCGAUGUCAAGGAUGUCAUUGCCCGUAUUGUCGAUGGAUCCAAGUUCAGCGAGUUCAAGGAGAACUACGGAACCACUGUUGUCACUGGAUUUGCUCAUAUUCACGGCUACCCCGUCGGUAUUGUUGCCAACAACGGUAUCUUGUUCUCAGAGGCCGCUCUCAAGUCUGCCCACUUUGUUCAGCUCUGCACCAAGCGCAAGAUUCCCCUUGUCUUCUUGCAGAACAUUACUGGUUUCAUGGUCGGAUCGUCUGCUGAGCAGGGCGGUAUUGCCAAGAACGGAGCCAAGAUGGUCACUGCUGUCUCGUGCGCCCAGGUGCCCAAGUUUACCGUGAUUAUUGGAGGCUCGUUCGGAGCCGGUAACUAUGGAAUGUGCGGUCGUGCCUACUCUCCUCGCUUCUUGUGGAUGUGGCCCAACGCCCGUAUCUCUGUCAUGGGAGGCGAGCAGGCUGCUGGUGUGUUGUCGACCGUCAAGAGGGCCGGUAUGGAGAAGCGUGGUGAGAACUGGGAUCCCAAGGAUGAGGAGGCGUUCAAGAAGCCCAUUGUCGAUCUCUACGAGAAGGAGGGCCACCCCUAUGUCUCUGGCGCCAGACUUUUGGACGACGGUACCAUUGACCCCGCCGAUACCCGUGCAGUCCUCGGCAUGGGUCUCUCUGCAGCCCUGAACGCUCCCGUUACCGAGACCGAAUAUGGUGUCUUCCGCAUGUAA